AUGGCAGUGGUGGGAAUCUUCGUCUCUCCCUUGCUAAAAGCUGUGAUUAACAAGCUGUUGUCCUCUGAUUUAAUCGACUUGGCACGUCAAGGGGGUGUCGACACUUCCAUCAAGAAGCUGAAGAAGUCAUUUGAAGAUAUAAACGAUGUUCUUGCUGAUGCAGAGGAGAAGCAGAUAUCCGACAGGGCUGUCAAUAAGUGGCUGAAAGAGCUCCAGCAUUUGGCUUACGAUGCGGACGAUGUGCUGGACGAGUUUGCCACUGAAGCUCUACGCAAGAAGCUGAUCAGGGCAGAGACUGAUGCUGAUGUUGAUGUUGGUGAGGCCAGCACAUGUAGGAAGGUACGACGAUUCCUCCUUUCUACUUGUUGCAAAGCGAUGCCCUACCAUUUAAUUUCAUUCGAUUUCGCAAUUGGGUCCAAGAUAAAGAAGAUCAAUGGUCAGUUACAAGAUGUUACUACAAGAAUUAAGGAACUUGGUUUGAUCAAAAAGGCUAUUGGGGGGACUCAUAAGCCUACAAAUGCAUGGCCGAGACGAGAAACCACAUAUUUGCUGGAUGAUCCUUUUGUUUGUGGCAGAGAUGAAGAUAAAAAACGGAUUGUUGAAUUGCUUCUUAGAGAUACACCAACUCAAAACAAAGUCGAUGUCAUUCCCAUCACCGGCAUGGGUGGGAUUGGCAAGACUACUCUGGCUCAACUCAUUUAUGAUGAUGAUGGUGUCAAAAACCAUUUCGAUCUAAAAGCGUGGGUUUGUGUAUCUGAGGAGUUUGAUGUUAAGACAAUAACAAAGAGUUAA